CUUCUACUCGAACAUUUUCUGGUAAAUAACUUAAAAUAACAUGCAUUCCUCCAGCUUUAUUAACUGGUGGAUCUACAUGAAUAUCAGUACCUCUUCCACCUUUAUUCGUUGCAAUAAUAAUAUCACCGUUAAUAAUAAUAUCACUCGUUGCUUUAGAUAGUAGUUUACAAGAAAUUCAAUAUAAAAAUUUACCGAGAGAAACAGGAAGUAACGAUGGUGAACCAGGGCGACCAGGUGAAGCGGGUAAACAUGGCAGAGAUGGUCUAGAUUAUGUCAUUAUAUACAGGCGGGGACGAGUAUUAAGACGAAAAGUAGAUCAGAAAAUUCAUGCUAUUAAUUGUCAACAUGUUUUUCAAGUAACGUCACAAUUUUAUAAUAAAUAUAAUAAUCUUCAAAAAUUAUCGUAUCAACAUUGGUUAGCUUCAAAUCUAAAUGAAUUCUUAGGAAAGAUUGCUAGAUUAGAAGGUUUACCACCUAGUGAAAUAUACGCACUUCCUGAUAUUGAACAUGAUGCGAAACAAAUUUUAAUUUUAAAACAAAAAUUUACAGAUACUAUUAAUAUAGAAAACCAACGAUUAAAUUCAGAAAAAAUUGAUACAGAUCAAAUGAGUAUUGGAAUAAAAAAUUCAAUGAAUCAACUAACAAUAGGAUUAGAAAUUCAAAUUAUUGAAAUUGCAAAAAUAAGAAAUACAAUUAAUAGAAUUAUUAAUGAACAACGUUUUAAUCAACGUCUUAUUGCAUCACAAAGACGUACAGAUAUACUUACUGAUAAUUCACGACAAGAACUUUCAAAAUCGAUUUUAGAUAGACAGAAUGUUAAAAUUCUUCAGAAAGAGAUUUCUAAACAAGAACGGAAAAAAUUUCCAAUUGAAAACAAUAUCAUUCAAAAUAAGAUAAUAGAAGAAUUUAAUAAAAAACCCAAUGAAGAAUAUCUUUUAAAAAUCAGUUGUUAUUUUCUUUUUGAAUUAGAAAAAAUUCUUUCUCAGAAUAACAUAGAACAAAUUAACAGAUAUCAUAUUUCAAAUUUUACUAAUAUUUAUCUUUAUAAUUUACAACAAGGAAAUUUUACUUUUAAUGAUUUAAAAUUUAUUGAAAAACAAAAACAAGCAUUUUAUAAAAUUUUACCUAAAUUUAAAUCAUUAGAAAAUACUUAUAUAUUAGAUUUAUUAAUAGAAUUUUGUAAAGGUAUACAAAGAGAAUAUUUAAGACAUUAUUGGUUAAUAUGGAUAAGAAAAACAUUAAAUUAUGCAGAAAAUCAAAGAGAAAUAAAAGAAAAUCUUUUAAAUCUUUUAGAUAAACUUCAUGUAGCUGAUGAUAAUCAACUUAAACAAUUUGAUAAUAAUCUUAAAUCUUCAUUUUUACUAAAAGAAUUUCCUGAUUAUGAUUUUAAUGAAGAUUUAUAUCAAAAUAAUAGAUUACAAUUAAUAGAAUCUAUUGAUAAGUUUAAUGAAAAUAGUAAUCAAGAAAAUUUAUUUCAAAUUUUUCAGAUUUUUUCAAAUUCAAUAUUUUCUGAUAAAAAACCAAAAAAAAUAUUUUUGAAAAUUUAUUAA